AUGAGACCAUUAGUCAGUAUGAAGCUCGAGCUCCUGCUGGUGUUUGUUGUUUUGCUGCUCUGUGUGGAUGGCAGGCCGUUGUCCAACAUGGCGAGGAGGAAGCAUAACAAGCUGCUGCUGAUAUCCUUCGAUGGGUUCAGAUGGAACUACGAUCACGACGUUCAUACGCCCAAUAUGGACCAGUUGGUACUGGAGGGAGUGAAGGCAAAAUAUAUCACGCCACCGAUGAUCACCAUGACCUCUCCAUCGCACUUCACUACUAUAACUGGAAGAUGGAUAGAGGAUCACGGUGUUGUCCAUAACAUGAUGUUCAAUUCCACGACGCUUUUGAAAUUAACUCAUAAGAACACACUGAAACGAUCUGCGUGGUGGGACAACGGGGCUCUGCCUUUAUGGAUAACAGCUCAGAAUCAGGGCCUGAAGACAGCGUCUUACUUCUUUCCCGGAGCUGGAGCGAAUUACAGCGGGCAGGCCGUGGACAGAUCCCUGGUUGAGGCACAAGGCCACGUCGAUGAUAACGAAACUGAGUGGCGGCAGAAAAUCGAUACCGUUAUGGGAUGGUACACCGAAGAGAAUUUCGACUUUGUUACUCUGUACUAUGGAGAACCGGACAACGUGGGCCACAUGGUAGGACCGGAGACCAACGAAAGAAGAAGGAUCAUCGAGCAGAUCGACCGUCUCAUCGGCUACCUCAGGGAGUCAAUCCAGAAAAACAAUUUAGCCGAUCAUCUCAACGUCAUCAUCACGUCUGAUCACGGCAUGACCACCAUUAAGAAAAGUCCGGAGGUGAACGAAAUAAAGCUGUCAAACUACAUAAACUUUGUCAAACUGACUCACUUUGACAUACUGGACUAUGGAGGUUUUGGGAUGAUAAGACCAAGGGACGGGAAGCUCCAGGAGGUUUACGACGCGCUGAAGAACGCACAUCCGAACCUAACGGUCUACAAGAAGGAGGAGAUUCCCGAAAACUUCCACAUAGCUAAAAACAGUCGCAUUCAAGAUAUUGUUCUCAUUGGAGACUUGGGUUUCAACUUGAACACGAGAUACAUAUUCUACGUGAACAAAGGAGACCACGGCUUCAGUAAUCAAGAAAUGGACAUGAAGGCGAUAUUCCGAGCGUUCGGACCUGACUUCAGGAAAAAUUUCUUAGCUGAGCCGUUCGACAGCGUGAGCAUUUACCCGCUGAUGUGCAAGUUGCUGGGUGUAGAUCCAGCUCCACACAACGGCAGUCUCAGCGAUACACAGGCCAUGCUGCUGGAUAAGUCUGAUCCGGGUGGACACGCUGGGAGAAUCCAGACAUCUGUCAGUCUUUUAGUCCUCAUGAUGUUUCUCAUGCUAGUCCUCUGAUCUGCAAAGAUCUAAUAGUUAUUUAAAAGAUUAAAAUGUAAUAAACUAUUUUUUAAAAAUAAGUAAACACUAAACUUUAGUACAUAAAAUGCUGAAAAAGUCUAAUACUAUUUCAUUUUAACAUUGUUUUCAUAUUACAUUCUAAUGUUUUUUAAUCACACAAAACUGUUUUUGAUACAUUAUUAAUGUUAUAAGCAAU